AUGUCCGAAGGGCCGACACUCGACCAAGGCAAAUCUCCGUCUACGCUAGCAAGGGCGACUACUACCCAGUCAGUUCGAUGCUUCCAGACCGCAUUAACGACGAUUCGCAAUUCCAGCCUUCACCAUCUCGAAGAAACAGUUACUCCAUCCCACAGUCAGCCUCAAUACCCGAGAACCCGCCUCAGGACGAACCGCCUGCGCAGUAUUCCCGUCGCAUCUCGUCAGGCCCCUCUCGCCGCCAAUCGCAAUCUCAAGGAGCUCUUCAUACCCAGAAACAUGUUGCAGUCAGUUCCAGAGCAGCUACAUUUCAAACUAAGCCGAAGACUGAGGACGAGACUCCUCGAGCGAGUCAAGAACCCCUUGAAGAAGACUUCCAGGAACUCGCCCGGAGAGACGUACGCAGGCCGACUGGCAUGGGAAGCCCAAUCGCAAAAGCAGAAGCAACGACCAAAGAAGGAGCUCAAUCGCCAGAGACACGACAGCAAUUCUCUCCAGUUCCCCAGAAAGAUGGCCCAUCAGCCGGAGGAGAGUCAGAUCAAUCGCCGAGCAGGUUUCUGGGAUUGUCUGGUGCUCAAGUGCCAAGGGGACAACAGCAAGAGCAAGGGCAAGAGCAAGAGCCAACAGCACGAACCGUUGAACAAAGUGGUGCCAGGCGGCAGACUAAAGUGGUUCUGGAAGAAGAUCUUGCGCCUGCCGACGCCAAGAGUGCACAACAUGACGACAUCCCCACCUGCCGUUUUAUCGAUAGCUCAGGCGGGCCCUUCGGCGAUGACAAUGCCUGGAUCAACAGCACGGUCGACCUCUCGCGCUCAAAGAGCAUCCCAAGAUCAUCCACCAGAGAUGAAUGUGACCGAAGACUAUCAGGCGCAAACACAAAAGAAGCGCAAAUCGCACGAACAAAGACCCGUCGUACAACCUCAGGACGAGCGCCUGAUACCGCAACAGCCUUCCAGUCUGCACAAAAAAAUCAACAACCGCCACACGAAGGCCAUCGUUGUCGGUCAAGAGGACGAACACGCGACGGAAGUCGUCAGCAGUCAGAGAAAACAGAGCAGCGCCAAUCCUCACAGAAGUACCAACGGUCUCCAGAGCACCGACGCGAUCGGCGACGAUCCCCUCAAUAUCUGGACAAGCAAGUGUCCGGCGAGGGUCUACCGCUCCUAGAAGGGGUACAGCAGUUUCCCAGAAGCUUUGCCAGACAUUCAAGCCAGAUCAACAAAGGGAGGCAGCUCAAGAUCAACCCCGCGGCGAGAGUCCAGAGGUGCAACCUCGCCUGUCGCGGUACAACCAGUUCGACGGUCAUUUACUGCAACUAGAACAGGUACGCCAAUCUCCCGAACAGCGUUACCAGGAUUUGGAGCAACAAGGAGAGGGGGAGACGCACCUAUGUCGCCCACGUCACGAGGUUUGCGUGGUACAAUCUCGCCAGUCCCAGCUUACAAUAGGGGAAAUGCUCCUUCCAGAAUACAACCAUCGAAAGGUUCAUUGGGUACGACCCAGCGCGCAGAACAGAUCUCAGAAUAACAAACCCAGUCGAGCCCACGAGCAGAACCAAGCGAUGUCAUACCACCCAUGCCGCGCCGGAUGACCUCAUACGGAAUCUAUGAGUCCAGCUCUAGUGAUCCAUAUGCUUUACCCAAGAAAGCACCACGAAAAGCAGCUGCCCUAGCGC